CUGCGUCUUCCGUCUGUCCCCGCCUCGGCCGGCUUCAGGGGAGGAGAAGCUGGGAAGGCGCGAGCGGGCCGGGCUUUGCGCUCACAGCGGGGGAGCCGCCCGGCUGCAGGGGCACUGGUGUGAGGGGGAGCAGGCCCAGGGAGGGCGCCGCACCACGGAGCCCAGCGAAGCAUCGGCCUGCCGCGAAGUUACCCCAGGCAUGAAUCUGCCCCAGGGCCAGGGGAGCCCCGCAGCAAGGAGCCACCCGGUGCGUUUCUCCCCCCAGCCCCUUCCUAGCCAAGGCGCGUCCUCUCCAGCGUCUGCCCGGCAGCAGGGCGAGCUGAGCAUGCCCAAGCCCAGCAGGCAGCCCCCGGCCACGCACGGGGCAUGUGGCCCGCCCCGCCAGGGCUACAUCGACGGCUAUGGUGGCGAGCAGGCGGCGGGCUCUCCUUCCUCUCCCCAGUUUCUUGAAUGAAUAGCGAGGUGGAGCUCUAGGGAACCCGCCCCUCUUGUGCGGGCCUCUCCCGGCCGCUCUCCUCCCCGCCACUGGCUCUGCUCCUUCUCCUCCCUCCUUCUCUUGCACCCGCGCUGUGACUCUGCCUCCCCGGCCGCCACAGCUACACGGAACGGACUGGCGCUUCAGCAGCACCACUGCAGAAAGACGAGGGGGCUGCUCUGCCUGGGGGGCUUGCACGGCUGUCUGCGCUGGGGGUGCUGGGGCGGGAGGGUAGUGGGGGAACGACUUCCUAGCAGCGGUCCUAAUUUGUAUGAAUAAUAUUCCACACACGCCCCCAUCCCCUUCCCUCCUCUGCACCCUGGGGGGGUUUCUUGCUUUUUAUACAAACAAAGCUGCUGUGGAAAUGCAUUUGUUCCCUGGAGUUUAGGCAAAAGUCAAGAUUUUGAUGCUCCCUUUUCGUGUGUGUGGGUGUGUGUCGGGGGAGGGGGGAGCGUUGGGCUCUGCCUAGAGAUCAGUGUCUGAAUGAAACUACAUGUAUUUAAUUGCAUGUGUCUGUACGUUGCACUGGAGGGAAAAGCACAGCACUUCUGCAAGAGCUUGGAGUCAAAGAGGCUAUGAUAACCGGGAGAUAGUGCUGAAGUACAUCCAUUACAAACUGUCACAGAGGGGAUACGAUUGGGCUGCCAAUGAAAACAGAGGACCAGUUUCUCCAAAUCUCUCUCCCCCUACUGUUGCUGGGACCUCAUCUGACCAUGCUGGGCUGGUGUCUCUGCCUCCUGAGCCCCCUGGCUCGGCUGCUGCUAGUAACGUACCCCUUGGUGAUGGGCUGCGCCCAGCACCGCAGGCUGUUCUCUUGACUCUGUGCCAAGCUGGAGAUGAAUUUUCCCGCCGCUACCACAGAGAUUUUGCCCAGAUGUCUGGCCAGCUGCACUUGACCCCAUUCACGGCCAGGGGGCGCUUUGUGGCGGUGGUGGAGGAGCUGUUCCGAGAUGGGGUUAACUGGGGAAGGAUCGUGGCCUUCUUUGAAUUCGGUGGCGUGAUGUGCGUGGAGAGCGUUAAUCGGGAGAUGUCGCCUCUUGUGGACAGCAUUGCUGUGUGGAUGACCGAGUACCUGAACAGACACCUACACAACUGGAUCCAAGACAACGGAGGCUGGGAUGCCUUUGUGGAGUUGUACGGCAGAAACAUGAGGCCUUUGUUUGAUUUCUCCUGGAUCUCUUUGAAGACUAUCCUAAGUCUGGCUCUGGUGGGAGCUUGCAUCACCCUUGGCGCUUAUCUGGGACAUAAGUGAAGUCAACUAUCUAACCAUGGAUUACAAAAGUCUUACGAAACAAUAAAAUAAUAUGUUUUUUCCAGUAGCACAAUGAUAUUACUUUUAUGAGCAGAAGUUCCUGGCUAAAUAUAAAUCAGCUAUUACUGCCAAAGGGAAGUAUCAUUUAUUUUUUACAUUGCAGGAAACAAAGUUAUUUAUUAAAGAUAUUUACAUUUAACUUGCUAUUUUCAGAAACUCUACAAACAGUUUAUAUCCGAGUAUCACAUAAUAUUGUUAUGAAUUGUAAUGAGCCCCCAACACCUUGAGCUUUUUUUAUUUUUUUAAAUAAAUUAAUGCAGCUGGAUGGAUUAAAUAUACUGACAAAGACCUACCUGCUUUCUCUUGGGGGAGCAGUUACUUGGGCUGCUUCAGACUGUGUAAUUGUGUUGAUUUUACUACAAUUUCUCACAGAUCCAAGGAGAUGGGAUCCUAAAAAAAUCAGAGGGAGUGAAGUUAGAAUUAUUUCCAGCUGGCAAGUACUGACAUUAGUAUACAAUUCAAUAUGGUACAUACUUGGUGUCAGAAUAGCAACUUCUCAAAGGACAGCUAUCUAUAGGAGUCUCCUGGCAGGACAACAGUUUGAAAUACGAUUGCAUAUAUUUUAUGAAAGUAUUUUUAAGUUACCAAAUUGUGCCAAUACAUCAUAAUCAUAACAGUAUCAUCUGAUGCCUUAAAAGGAUGAUAUGUCAAUUCAGAUACUCUUUAUGAACGCAUGAAAUGAAAUCCUUUGGACAUGCAAGAAAUUACUGUUUCAAUGAUUUUCUCAGCAGUAAAAUGUCUUUUACAGCUACACACACAGAAACCGUGAGACCGUCAGUGCCUGCCUCUACAGAGCACAGCUGGAGGCUGGAGUCCUGACUUGUGUCCCAUUUUAGUGGGCUCAUAUCUGCAACUGAUCCUGUUUACUUGCUGAGCUCCUCUAGGGUUUUGAAACCAAUUAAGUUUGGUCUCUAAAUCCCUGAAAGUUGAAAAAGGUUUAAAUUUAUUUGGCAAGAAACAGACCUCAUCUGAGUUCCAGAUUAGCUCGAACUAUGCUUGUUUAUCAAACUGGACACCAAAAUCACGUUCAUUUUCAUAACAAAGAAGUCAGAUGACCUGUAUUCUUUCCCCCAUCUCGCCCCCACCCCCAGCCAAAGUAUUACAUACUAAUAAUUUCUUAAGACUUUCUACAGAAAUAAAGAAGAUGAAGAAAUUGUCCUAAUCCUCUAGCUGGACAGAGACUCACUGACAUCCAGAUUCCUUAGAUGCCUAUUGUCAUUUCAGGGGAGAAUAAGGAGGGGGAAAGGAUGGACUGAGUCAGCUUCUUGAAUAAUAAAUGUAAUUUAAAUAAGAUUAAUUCAGAAUACUUAAUAUACAGCUUUAUAACAACUGCAUAAAUCCUGGAACCAUAUAUCUUAGACAUGUCAACAUACUUUAAGGUGGGCUUUAACAAGCUUUUUGCUUCUAUGAAUUCCACCUUAAAAACCUCUAAGUCAAGUGUUUUUAUUUUUUUACUAUGAAACUGUCAAAAUAUGAACUUUGUGGCUAAAUGUACAUCCAGGGACAAGUUAGAAAGCUCUGGAUAAAAGGACAGGAACAACAGACAAGUACUUUCAGAGUGAAAACAAUACAAUGAAAAACUAUGCAGACUCAACCUUGAGAUUUCAAUAAUAUAACUUUGUGGCAUUAUAUGCAAAAUAUCUGCAGUAAUUUAGGAAUGUAAUAUGUUCAUUGUUAAGGCUGUAAUUGAUGUGAUUUCUUCAAAGCUGCUUUUUUUAGAUUUGUGCAUCUCAGCAUUUUUAUUGCUAUUUUGUCAUGGCACCUACACUUUCUAUGGGCAAAGAUUGAGUGAGCGCUGCAUUUCAAAUUUGAAAUUAUUUUAAUUUUACAGAAACAUUUAAUGGAACGAAUGUUUCUAAAGCAAAUGUGAUCUGUUUUUAAACUCUGCUGAGUAAAAACACCUGAAAUGUCAGAACUGUAUGCAUCUGUGCAAGGCACUUAUGAAAAAUAUUUAAAAAUAAUAGGGAACCACAUAUUAGGAAUUGAAUGUGGUCUUGGUUUUUCCACCUACCAGGUUUAAUUUAUGGAAAGCCAGGUACAAAGCUGAACUAGAAUUGGCACUGUACUAAUGUUUCAAUCCACAUUUCACAAUCUAGUCUUCAUUUCAGUUUGUGCCCAUUAACCCCCCAUUAAAAAUAAUGAAUGAUUUGACCUUGAACUUUUUCAAUGUUGAAUUGUUUAUUGACGGUUUACAUCAUCAAAAAAUAUAAAAAGAGUAACUAUAAAUUCCUGUGCUGCUAUACUACCAAGAUAAUUUGGAUAGAGUUUAUUUUGGACUAUCCUCCAGUGGCAAGAUUUUUCAAAGCUGCUUUAGAAGUAAUAUGAAGUAGUCACAUUACAGAGAUGAUUAUGUAGAUGCUGCCAAUUUGUGUUCUGUUGUAUCUAUUCACUGGGAUUCCCAGCAUAUUAGUUAAUAAGUUAAAAAAGUCAAGGCAACUGUUAAUGGUUAUUUUAUUAAACAGAUAAUGGAGCUUUCCCAUUCUGACUGCAGAAUUGUACAAUAUUGUGGCUGCAUUAGCUGUAAGUUGAUGAUGCAUUUAUUAUUAAUCACCAUACUAGAAACGUUGAAUGUAUAUAAAAGCUUGAACUUGUUUAAAAAAAAUCUCCCCCUCAAUCCUCUUGCUUUCCCAGUGAUUCCUGUCACUUCCAUUUUCUUUGUUACCAUAUGAAACAGAACUUUCCCUACAACAUGCAAGGCCUUACUAUCAUGCUCCAAAACUACAUUUCAGUUAAAAAUCACUUCUUCUCUCACCCCGAUCAGUCCUGUUGGCAAUCUAUAAAAAGAAGCUAAACAUAUAAAUAGUUGCACUUCUAAAGUUACUUGGCUGUGGAGAACUAAGGGACAACACGGGAAGAGGUGUUAAGAAGUGUAGAGAGGAGAUAGAUCAUUGAUAUAUCUCCAUGACUGAGGAUAAAAGUGCCUGAGAAAUUUGGCCAUGUUUCAUCUAGGUGAAAAGAAAAAAAAUGAUAGGCAGUGAUGAUAAACAGAGCAAAACGUUACAAAAUUUCCCCCCCAAAGUACUUAAGUAAAGCCUUGUUAAUUCUAGCAGCAAUCAUCUACAAACCAGAUCAGAUAUUUGAUGUUACUGUACCACAAUUUUUUUUAGUCCUUUAAGUCUUUUGGGCUUUGUUUUUCAAUAAAAUAAUAAAAAAAGUCUUGUUU